UUGCGGCUCCGGGCGGCGGCGGCGGCACGAUCUCGUCCAAACACAACGCGGAGGUCGCCCGGCGAAGUUUGUCCCUUUGGAGGCGCCGUCCCCCUCUGCGCCCGGCUCGAGUCAUGUGAGCGAGACGCGCUCCGGGCCUGGGGCGGAGAAGGAGGCGACGAGAGCUGCGGGAUCCGGGGCCCGGCGGAGGACGGGCGGGAUGGAGGCCACCUUGGAGCAGCACUUGGAGGAUACAAUGAAGAAUCCAUCCAUUGUUGGAGUCCUGUGCACAGAUUCACAAGGACUGAAUCUGGGCUGCCGUGGGACCCUGUCAGAUGAGCAUGCUGGAGUGAUAUCUGUUCUAGCCCAGCAAGCAGCUAAGCUGACCUCAGACCCCACUGAUAUUCCUGUGGUGUGUCUAGAAUCAGAUAAUGGGAACAUUAUGAUCCAGAAACAUGACGGCAUCACCGUGGCGGUCCACAAGAUGGCCUCUUGACGGCUCAUAUCAGUUCUCCAGCAGCCUGUCAUCAGGGCUCAAUCCUACCUGUGUAAAUGAUCUUGUAGAACUAUGAAAGUCCCAGUAGUUAGGCCAUUUAUUUAAUGUGUAUUGGGCGCAUUUCUGUUAAUUUUAGAGUUAGCUGCUUUUUGACAGUCAAGGGACUGACUUAUCCAAAUAUUAGUAAGAAAGGAUCAUGUUUUGAAGCACCAGGUCCAGGUCACUUUGUACAUAGAAUUUUCUUAUGCUCAAUAAAUCUGGUCAGAGGAAAGCGUGGAUCUCUUCUGGAUUCUUUAAAUUCUUAUCAAAUGUUCAUUUUUUUUUUCAAUUAUCAAAUUGUAAUUUUUUUUUUAAGUCUUUGUUCCAAAUUACUCUCUUCUCUUUCCGAAGAUUCCUGAACUACGGACAUUCUCACACAAGUGUCCAUGGAUAUUGAAAACAAAUUAAGCCUAUUCCCACCCCAUAAUAACAUAAAGCUAAUUAUCAUUAAGUACUUACUAUAUACCAGGAACUCAUUUGAAUUCUCACUGAUAAUCCUAUAUGGUAUGUACUCAUAGUUGUCCCAUUUUGCAUUUGUGUAAUUAAGGCUAAGGGAUUUGCAGAGUAACCAUUUGGAUUUUAGGCUCCCCAACUCAGGGGCACCUGGGUGGCUCAGAUGGUUAAGCGUCUGCCUUCGGCUCUGGCCAUGAUCCCAGGGUCCUGGG